GAUUCGAUCAUCAUUCCUCAUCCAAGCGACCACCGUACCGGCCGUUUCAUCUUCUCCUUUCCUCUUUCUUCUUCUCUGGGGGGCGGGGCGGGGCGGGGCGGACGUCAGAUCAUGCAUGAGAUCAUCGAUAUCUUGCCCGCGUCUCGUUUUCUUUCUUCAGAAAAAUACUUCUCCGGCGGUCCGGUCGCGGCUGCCGGCUGGGAUCGCGGUCGAAACCAACCGAUUACGUAACUCAUCGAUUUGAUUCGUGCGCUACAGAGAAGUUGGUCCAUUGACAACUGAUGAUCAAUUCUCUUCUUUCUUCUUUGGUGACAUGCUGACGCAAUUGCGCGGGAUUAUGAUUUCAUCGACGUGCUACGUUAAUAAUUCCCAAACAAUCCUGGUCUACGAGAUUAUAAUUUCGUCCCGCUCUCAAUCAAUGUUCACUCUUAAUUUUCUCUUCAAUUAUAGCGCGUCAAAAUUUUGCCUUCAAUUAUUGCAAUUCUUACCAAAAGCGUUCACGUUUUCCCUUUUCUUCCCAUAUAAGCGAGCGUCAAACUUGCAAUCUUCAGAUGAUUAUUGCCCUCCAAGAUCUCAUUGCUCCACAAGCGUUUCAGGCCAGUGAGCUUCUCCAAGAAAUCAAAUCCUUCCUCCUGGUGGCACCGCCGCGCGACGGGACGAUGAAGCACACGACGUCGGACUCGGACGUGACGAGCCUGGCGACCACGUCGCCGUCGCGGUCCCCGAAGCGGGCGGCCUACUACGUCGUCAGCCCGUCGCGCGACUCGCGGGACGACGGCGACAAGUCCUCGUCCACGCAGGCCACCCCCGUGUACAACAGCCCCCUCGACUCCCCGUCGCACCAGUCCUCCAUCGGCCCGCACUCCAGGGCCUCCUCCGCCAGCCGCUUCUCCGGGAACCUCACCGGCGGCGGCCGGGCCGCCGCCACCCGGAAGCGCCCCCACGGCCACGGCAAGGGGUGGCACGAGGUGGACGUGAUUGACGAGGAGGAGGCCGAGGACGCCGGCGUGGACCAGGAGCGGGAGCUCUCCAGGAGCUGCGUCGCCGCCUUCUGGUUAUCGGUUCUCGUCCUCGCCUUCACCCUCGUCUGCCUCGUCGUCUGGGGCGCCGCCCGCCGUGAUAAACCCAGCGUCCUCGUCAAGAGCUUGAGAGUGGAGAAUUUCUACGCCGGCGAAGGGACGGACGGCACCGGAGUGCCGACCAAGUUCGUCACGAUGAACUGCUCGCUCGAGAUUGACGUCCACAACCCCUCCACCAUGUUCGGCAUCCAUGUCUCUUCCACCUCCAUCCAGCUCUACUAUUCCCAGAUACCCAUCGCCAGCGGUCAGCUGGACAAGUUCUACCAGCCGAAGAAGAGCCGGCACGUCGCAUCGGUGACCCUGCACGGCGAGAAGACGCCGCUCUACGGAGCCGGGGCUACCUUCGUCCUCACCGACACCGACGGCGUGCCCCUCACCGUGGACUUGGCGGUGAGGACGAGAGGGUAUGUCAUCGGCAGGCUUGUCAGGGUGACACACGCCAAGCGUGUGCGAUGCCCGGUUCUUGUGAGCUCUCUCACCGACAAGCCCAUCAUGAUCACCCAGACUGCUUGCAGCUACUCUUGAUUUGGUAAUCUAUUGCUUGAGAUGUUGUUAAUUUUGACAAGUAUAAGAGCGUAUAAUGGUUGUGAUCGUGUAGAUAUUGUUGUGGUCGUUCAUGGCAUUGGAACCAUCUGGUUAAUAAUUCUCCAGCAUC